GGUCGAAACGGACCGGUAUUAUAAAACCGGCUUCACAACAAAUUAACACCAACCAAUACAACAUUCUCCUCUUUAAGUUCACCUGACAUUUCAUCGAACACCUGUUGUGCACAAUUUGUUUCCGUUUGUUUCAAGAUUUUUCGAGAUGAAGAUCGAGGUGAGAGAAUCUACGAUGGUGAAACCGGCGGAGGAGACACCGAAAAUAAAUCUAUGGAACUCAAAUGUGGACCUAGUGGUCCCAAACUUCCACACACCAAGUGUGUAUUUCUACCGGCCCAAUGGUGCACCCGACUUCUUUGACCCGAAAGUGAUGAAGGACGCGUUGAGUAGGGCGUUGGUUCCGUUUUACCCGAUGGGCGGGCGGUUGAAGAGAGACGAGGACGGACGAAUUGAGAUCGAUUGUCAAGGUCAAGGUGUGUUGUUUGUGGAGGCGGAGUCGGAUGGUGUCGUGGAUGAUUUUGGUGACUUUGCGCCCACGUUAGAGCUACGGAAACUCAUACCCGCGGUUGAUUAUUCGCAAGGAAUUGAAUCAUAUCCGUUGCUGGUCUUGCAGGUCACUUACUUCAAAUGUGGUGGGGUGUCACUAGGAGUUGGUAUGCAACACCACGCUGCGGACGGGGCAUCCGGGUUGCACUUCAUCAACACCUGGUCCGACAUGGCUCGUGGCCUCGACAUCACCAUCCCACCCUUCAUCGACCGAACCCUUCUACGUGCGCGUGACCCACCGCAACCCGUCUUUGACCACAUCGAGUACCAGCCUGCCCCACCAAUGAAAAAUGCUCCCACAACCACAAAUGACCAACCGGUUCCUGAAACCGCGGUCUCCAUUUUCAAGUUGACUCGAGACCAACUCAAUGCGCUGAAAGCCAAGUCGAAAGAAGCUGGAAACACUAUCAGUUAUAGCUCGUACGAAAUGCUCUCGGGGCACGUCUGGAGGUGCGUGUGUAAAGCCCGUGGCCUUCCGGAUGAUCAGGACACGAAGCUUUACAUCGCGACUGACGGCCGGGCCCGUCUCCGGCCGUCACUCCCGCCUGGCUACUUUGGGAAUGUCAUAUUCACGACUACCCCGAUAGCAGUAGCGGGGGACCUACAGUCGAAGCCUACAUGGUAUGCCGCGGGUAAAAUUCACGACGCGUUGGCGAGGAUGGAUAACGAUUAUCUAAGAUCCGCAUUGGAUUACUUAGAGCUGCAGCCCGAUCUAAAGGCACUCGUUCGUGGGGCCCACACGUUUAAGUGCCCGAAUCUUGGGAUAACUAGUUGGGCUAGACUCCCCAUUCAUGACGCGGACUUUGGAUGGGGCCGGCCCAUCUUCAUGGGGCCCGGUGGGAUUGCUUAUGAAGGGUUGAGUUUUGUGUUACCAAGCCCGGAUAAUGAUGGGAGCUUGUCGAUUGCGAUUUCGUUGCAAGCUGAACAUAUGAAGCUUUUCAGCAAUUUACUUUAUGAUAUUUAAAAAUGAGAGUUUAUGAUCAUAACAAUAUAUACAAAUUACUCAUAAAACCUUUCAUUGUUGUAUGUAAAAUGUCAAUGGAGGCUGAAAAUGUUUUUCAUAAGCUUAUGGGUUUAAUACUAUGAACACCAAAUAUUUGAUUUA